AUGUCUCAAUACCCUCCUCCCGGCCAGCAGCCCUACUACGGCUCUCCCCCGCCUCCCCAGGGCGGCUACCCUCCCCAGGGCUACCCUCCUCCCGGCCAGCAGCCCAUGUACUACCCUCCCCAGGGCCAGGCUCCCCCUCCCCAGGAGGAGAAGAAGGAUGACAAGGGCUGCCUCUACGGCUGGUAA